AUGAAAAGCCACAGGGCAGCCAUCCACAGGAAGAAAGGGAAGAGGGCGCUGUUGCAGAUGCCACAGGCAGCCCAGGCCAAGCUGCCUCACCUCUCCUCCUCGCAGCCCUCCCAGGCGGGCUCGGGGCGGCCUAGGAAGGGCCUGGUCUACCCGCACCCGCCCCGGCGGUCCCGCCUGUCCCGCUCCAUCCUGCGCUGGCUGCAGAGCCUGGACCUCACCUUCUUCCCCAGGAACAUCAGCAGGGAUUUCUCCAAUGGCUACCUGAUAGCAGAGAUAUUCGCCAUACAUUACCCCUGGGACCUCAGCUUGGCAUCCUUUGUAAACGGCACUUCCUUGAAGGUCAAGUUGGAUAACUGGGCGCAGUUAGAAAAGUUCCUGGCCAAAAAGAAAAUCAGCUUGCCCAGAGAACUGGUCUACGGGACGAUCCACUGCAAAGCCGGGGUGCCGGAAAUCCUGAUCCAGGAGGUGCACACCUUGCUGACGCACCAGGAAACGCAAAGCAUCCAGGAUGACCUCGUGAACUUCACCGACUACAGCUACCAGAUGCAACUGCCUCUGCUCCCCCGGUCCACGGCCUCCAAGUUCAUCAAGGACAACAUCCGCUUGUCAGAACUCAUGAGCAACCCCAGCACGCUCAGCAAUGAGCUGAAAAUCGACUUCCUCUUCCUUUUGCAGAUGCUGCAAAGGAAACUGAGCAGAAAGUUGCACCCAAGCCGGUUUGAAGUCAAGCCGAACGUGGGAGAACUCACUCUGGACCACUUCUCUGCCCUGGUUGCUCGCCACAGGGCCAAAACAUGGGCUUCAAAGCAACAGGCUGCUCCUGUUCUACUGUCCUCCCUGUUGGGAGGCAAAGCGCUCAGCUCAGAAGUUGGCUCUGGAGUUGAGCAGCCCAUUUCUUCCAUCUAUGUAUACCUUCUGGUGGCUGCCAUCCCCCCUGCUAAUCCCCCUGGUGCCUGCCAUGCCCCCUGCUACAUCCCUUCUGGGGACUGCCAUCCCCCUGCUUUCCUGAAGGGAGACAAGAGCAGGCGGAUCUCCUGA